AUGCUAUCAAAAUUUUAUCUUUUUUCCCUAAGUAAACCAAUAAAGUUUAAUGAUUUAUCGAGUAUUGUUAUAGAGUCUGGUCUAAGCGAUCAAAUUGAUUUGGAUGCAUUAUACGAAGAAUUUUGUGAAAUGAAACCAGCGCUAGAGUUGGCAUAUUCGUCUAAUUUACCUAUAUUAGAUAAAUGGAACUCAAUUUUUAAAGAAAAUAACUUCAAAUAUAUUCUUAAAAUUGUGCAAUUUGUUUUUUCGCUUUUUGGUUUUAACGCAAACGCAGAAAGGGUUUUUUCAAUGUGUUCAGCUUUGUGGUGA